AUGGCACAAUUAGUUAAUAUUCGUCGUAAUGAACCAGAUCCAUUCUAUAGAUACAAGAUGGAAGUUUUACAAGGAAAAGUAGAAGGUAAAGGUAAUGGUAUUAAAACUGUAAUCGUAAAUUUAACAAAUAUCGCAAGAGAUUUAGAAAGACCACCAGAAUAUAUUACCAAAUAUUAUGAAAUUGAAUUCAAUACCAAAUCAAAUAUUGAAGGUGAUAAAUAUUCAAUUAAUGGCCAGCACUCAAAUGAAAGAUUAGCAGAUGUUUUAGAUGGAUUUAUUAACAAAUUCGUUUUGUGUGCAUUCUGUAAAAAUCCAGAAACAAGAUUUGUUAUUAAAAACAAAGCUAUUGAAUUCAAAUGUGCUGCCUGCGGUAAAAGAGGUCCAGCUGAUAUGAAACAUAAACUUAGCAGUUAUAUCGUCAAGAAUCCACCAAAGGCUUCAACAUCCAAAGGUUCAACCCAUGAUGAAGCUUUAGCUCAACAACCAGGUCUCCCACCAGUUUCUACCACUGGUUCAUCAUCAACAGUUAAAAAAGAGAAAAAGAGCAAAAAGAAGAAGGAUGAAGACGAAGAUGACGUUGUUUGGCUCACUGAUACAUCAGAAAAAGCUGCUGAAGAAAGAAAGAAACACUUUUUGGGUGAUGCUACAUCCGUCGUUGCUAAUAUGAUGGCUGAUGUCGAUAUCUCUUCAAACAAAGGAAAAGAGGAACAACAAGAGGAAGAACCACAAGAUCCAGUUUCAUCAAUUACAGCUUUCCUUGCCUCAAGUCCAUCUGACCAAGAACUCAUGGAAAAACUUGAUUCAGUCCAAGAGGAAUUUGAAUUAAGAAGUUCUGCUACUGCUAAAGCAGCCAUUGAAGCUUUGGGUCAAAAUGCUGAAGGUACUGUUAAACUCAUCAAAAAUCAACAAGCUCUCAUCAAGAAAAUCUCAAAGAGAAGAGAUGGUAAAUUAGGUAUUCUCUUAGGUCUUGAGGAACUUUGCGUUAAAGACGAUGCUCUCUUAAAAUCAAUUAUGGGUAUCUUAAAGAACUUGUAUGAUACCGGUGUUCUCUCUGAAGAAAAUAUUCUCAAAUGGUACCACAACAAAGCUAAAUCAAAGACUGUCAUCAAAACUUGCAGUCCAUUCAUUGAUUGGUUAGAAAAUGCUGAAGAAGAAGAAGAAGAUGAAGAAGAAGAUGCUUAA